AUGGAGGACGGGAAGUAUGUUGACGGCAGCUUAUGGUUUUAUGCACCAAACAAAGGAGCACCCGUAGUAUGGGCAUUCUUAUUCCUCGUCUCCGGACUCUGGCAUGCCUGGCAGUGCAUACACUAUAAGUCUUGGAAAGUCUCUGGCGUUCUGCCUUGGUCCGCUCUCCUCUUCGUUGUUGGUUAUGUCCUUCGCGAAGUGGGGGCUUUCAACUACGACAAUGUCAACAUCUUCAUCGCCAGUCUUGUUUUUAUCUAUGCAGCCCCACCACUUUACGAGCUAUCAAAUUACUUUAUGCUCUCCAGAAUUCUCUACUACGUCCCGUACCAUUCUCCAAUCCAUCCAGGCCGAGUCCUGACUACGUUUGGUGCACUCUCAGCCGUCGUAGAAGCUCUCAAUGGCAACGGCGCGGCAUACGUAGCCAACACAAGUCUACCGGAAUCCAAACAGAACAUGGGCAAGAGCCUUCUCAAAUCUGCGCUCGUUCUCCAACUCGCAAUCCUCGCAGCAUUUUUGGUACUCGCCAGCUACUUCCAUCGCCGGUGCAAGAAAGCCAAUCUCCUACCCGCCAACUUACACGCCGCACUUGUUACUCUCUAUAUCUCGUCCACUCUGAUUGGAGUCCGUACCAUAUUUCGCACGGUCGAAUACUUCACUGUUUCGGACCUCAACUUUGCGGCUAUACACACAGACAGCGAUUUGUCCCCGCUCAUAAGAUAUGAAUGGUUUUUCUGGGUUUUCGAAGGCGUCCUCAUGAUAAUCAAUUCCUUCCUAUUGAACUUCCGUCAUCCGAUGCGGUUCAUCCCAAGGGACAACACCAUUUACCUUUCCGAAGACGGAGUCACCGAGAUUAAAGGCCCAGGGUAUCUCGAUAAGAGACCAUUUCUUGUCACAUUCUUUGAUCCAUUUGACAUUCAUGGUGCAAUCAAAGGACGGAAUAUGAAUAAGAGAUUUUGGGAAACCCAUCAGGAGGGAAGGGUUGAUGUGGGGAAGAACCCGGACAGUGAGGCAGAGAGGGGUGUCUCUACUACUGCUACUACUACUAAGUGA